UUGUCGAAUACACACUAUAACUCGUUUAGUCAAGAUUGGUGUCUAACUGAAUGCAUUUUCUUUAAGGUAAUUGCCGCAGCUAAUCGGGCAUUAGCGGCAGUUUCAGUAUAUUUCUUGAACUCACAAAACAAGAGAUCGACAAAGUAUUACGUGGUUAAAAACUCGAAAUACGUACCCCUGCUUUUUAGGCGAAAAGUGCUUCAACUUUCACCUGGAAUCGACUAUCCAGGAAACGUAAAAUGGGAGUUGGCGCUGGCACUGCUCGCUGCUUGGGUUCUCUGCUACUUCGCUAUAUUCAAAGGCUGCAAAUGGACCGGAAAGGUUCUUUACUUUACCGCGUUGUUUCCAUACCUCUUACUCACCAUUCUCCUCAUCAGAGGCCUCACGCUGCCCGGAGCAGCCGAAGGUCUCAAGUUCUACCUUUAUCCUGAUUUCUCAAAACUCGGAAAUUCGAAGAUUUGGAUCGAUGCGGUGACGCAAAUCUUCUUCACCUACGGUCUGGCACUUGGGGCAAUCGUCGCACUCGGCAGCUAUAACAAGUACCACAACAGCAUCGUGAAACAGGCCUCGUUCAUAUGUAUUCUGGACAGCUCAACGAGCUUCUUCGCUGGCUUCAUCGUAUUCUCCUUCAUAGGAUUCAUGGCCAAAGAACAAGGCCAGCCGGUCAGCAAAGUUGCAGAAUCAGGUCCUGGUUUAUUAUUUCGUGUUUAUCCGUCAGGACUACUACAGCUACAGGGAACAGCGUUUUGGUCGGCCUUGUUUUUCUUUACUAUAAUUCUGAUUGGAAUUGAUUCUCAGUUCUGCACAAUGGAAGGAUUUUUCACGGCGAUCAUCGACGAAUGGCCGAUGUUCCUGCGAAAGAAAUACCGAAGAGAAAUAUUCAUUCUGAUAAUAUGCAUAAUUUCAUAUCUCAUUGGACUCAGCACAGUGACAGAGGGUGGUCUAUACGUUUUCCAAGUUUUCGAUUACUACGGUGCCAGUGGGUGGGUGCUGCUUUGGUUGCUGUUUUUCGAAUGCAUAGCAAUAUCAUGGUGUUAUGGACUGGAUAAAUGGUUUGAAAACCUGAAGGACAUGCUCGGAUACUACCCAAGCGCUUGGUGGAGGUUUUGUUGGAAAUACGCAUGCCCGGCCGUUUGUUUCGGAGUAACCAUCUUCACACUUGUACAAUACAAAGGGGCAACGUUGCCAAAUUACACGUUCCCCGUUUGGGCUGAUGUCGUCGGUUGGCUGAUAGCUAUGUCGUCUAUGCUUUGGGUUCCGGGAUACGCGAUAUAUCUUUACUGUGUCACUCCCGGUACUGUUAAAGAAGUAUGUACUGUACAUUUUAGACAUAUCCUCGCCGGUGCUGUUGUAUGCAGUUUAGCAGUCGUCAGAACAACAAAGCUAACCUGA